AUGGCGGCGGAGGGCCGCUGGAAAUCCCUGUCCUUGCAAGAGCUACGGCUCCGGAUGCAGGCAGCUCUCCAGCGAUCCGGUCUUGAAGCCGCCGUGACCUUGCGAUGCUCCCGGGAUCUGGAGAGCAGCCUUGACCAGGCCUUGUCAGCGGCCCAGACGGCCCGGGCUCUGCUGAUCGGGAUCUGCUACAAGGAAGACGAGGCGCUGCGGCUCGAGGGCUCCUGGAAUGAUGUUGAGGACAUGCGAUCCUGGUUGCUUCGACAAGGCAUUGUCAGGGAGCACGACAUGCGUGUUCUAUGCGACAGUUCCGGCGACGUGACACUGAUGCCUUCGCGAAACAACAUCUUGACUCAGCUGGAGUGGCUCCUCCGUGGCGAAAACAGAGGCCUCGGCGCACCUCAUGGCUGUUGCUCGGGUGAGCUGCCGGAGGAGCACCUACAAGCCCUGCAGCUCUUUUUGUUGUUUGCUGGUCACGGCGACCAUGCUGAGCUUUUACCGUCUGACUGGCGCAGAGCUGGUCCGAUUAGGGAGCGCGAGGACCGGCUGGGGCAGACGCGCUCUGACCUGGCCGAAUGUGCCCAGCUCACCCAGGUCGUCUCGGAACGCCUCGAGGCCGUGGAGGCCCAGCUCCGUGCCGAGCUGGCGAAGCUGAUGGUCUUGGGGCAGCAAACAGCCGUGCGGAUGGAGGCGACCCGUGUGUCACAGCAGAGCGUGUCCAGCCUGUUGUUCGCUUCACCGAUGCAGGAGGUCUGCACGGCAGUGCAGGAGGCCCUGGAGUGCCAGGGAGGGGCCUCGAGACUGAAGGGCACGGCGGGGACGGCACACCGGAGUGCAGGCGACGGCUGGCUCCGGAGCUUUAAGCGGGAGCGACUCCACCAAGGUGCACCUGGAGGCACACGGGCUGCUGCCGUGCGAUUCGUAGAGUUCCUUGCUGUGGUCACGUGUGGAGGUCGGCGCUUGUGGGCGGGUGGGCUUUUGGGAACGACGACGUCGUGGCCACAGAAUGACGAGAACCAGGACCAUGCCGUCCAAAUCGAUGAAAGAGGAACCAGGCUGGCGGAGCAGGCCGACGUGUCAUGUUCUCGUGAGCCGUCGGCGCAGACGGGCAGCGGAGUGGGUGGAGUGGGAGCAGCUGACAUCCCCGGUGGCUGGAAGGCUCAGAUCGAAGAUCUGAAGAAUCGGAGCACAAGUUGCGAGACCAGGCUGUUGCAGGAGCUCGAGCGUGUCUCAGAGGCCUUCCAGCCACAACCCGAAUCGAUGCUCGGGCACACGAGUGCACGCCAAGAAUCCUGGACAUCAAUCAGGAGUGUGCAGCCAAACACCAUCACCUACAAUGCAAUCAUCAGCGCUUGUGAGAAGGCAGCACAGUGGUUGCCUAUCCCUCACUUACUUGAGGAUGCCAAACUUCAACAUCUACAACUCACUGUUGUGACAUACAACACCGUCAUUUCGGCAACUCGAACAUCUGGCCGAUGGCAGCUAGUUCUCAGCUUCAUGCAAGAGAUGCUGUGGAAUUCCAUACCCUGGGACAUCAUCACAUACAAUUCUGGCAUCAACGCCCUUGGGCACUGUCAUUGUUGGGCGGUGGCUCUGUCAUUGUUGCAUGAUGCUGAAGAUGAAGACUUCACCACAAACACCAUUACGUACAACGCAUCGAUGUCUGCUUGCGAAAGGGCUGGCCAAUGGCAGCAUGCGCUGUGCAUUCUCAGGCAUGCGCAGCGCCGCAGGAUUCGGAGCGACAUCGUAACAUACAACACUGCAGUCAGCGCGUGUGACAAAUCGGGCCACUGGCAACAAGCGCUGUGUUUGCUGGAAGAACUCUGCUCUUGUCAUGUGCAGCCCGAUGCUGUCACGUUCAAUUCAGCUAUCUGCGCAUGCAGUGAGGUCUGGGUCACAGCCCUGUACAUGCUUCGCCAGAUAGCUCACGUCUCUGUCCAGCCAACCCUCGUCUCUUACAACUCUGCCAUCGCUGCAUGCAAGACUGAGGGCCGAUGGGAGCUGGCGGCAGCUCUGCUAGAGGAAGCAGUCGCGCAAGAAAUGCGAGCAAACGCCAUCACCUACUCGGCCGUCAUCUCUGCAUGUGAGGUAGAUGAGCAGUGGGAAACUGCACUGAGUCUUCUGCAAGCCAUGGAGGAGCUCAGCGUGGUUGCGCACUGCGCCGCCAUCUGUGUCUGUGGCCGUUCUGCUCAGUGGCAGCGCGCACUUUCCUUGUUUACCGACAUCGGAGAAGAGACCAUGAGACCGAGCAUAUUUGCGUUCAACGUAGUGAUCAAUGCGCUGGGUGAGGGCGGCCAGUGGCAAGGGGCUCUUCAGCUAGUCCGCGAGGCUCUUGAGGACUACGUGAGAGUGGAUUCAAUUAGUUACAGUUCGGCAUUGUCUGCGUGUGGAGACUCCGGAGCCUGGCGGCAAGCUGUAGGACUCUGCUCGGAUGCUGGAACAAGACGCUUGGUUUUGAACCUCGGCACAUACAACACAGCUAUCGGUGCUUUCCGCAGUGCAGACAGCUGGCCGAUGGCCCUACUCCUGCAUGGAGAAGUCUCUGAUCAACUGGGCCCGAUGCAGACUUUUACGAACUCCCUCAUCAGCGCAUGUGGUGAUGCCGGUGCAUGGGCCUCGGCCCUUUGGGCUUUUGAAGCACAGGAGGUCGAUGAAGUCUCCUGCAUUGCCGCAUUAAGCGCCUGCAGAAAAGCCCAUGAGUGGCAGCAGGCUCUGUGGCUGCUACAUCGAAGCCGUGAACGAAGAAUUCAGAUGGAGCUGACGUGCUUCAAUCUCGUCAUCAGUACAUGUGCAGCUCAGCACUGGGAGAUGUCCUUAGCUUCCCUAGACGAGCUGCAUGCCUCCCGACCGUUCUCGACCAUUUUCGGUUGGGGCACUGUUGUCAGUGCAACUGCUGCAGCGUCGUCCUGGCCCGAAGCUUUGCAACUGCUUGAUGGACAGUUGGAUAAGGGUUCCCCUACCGUCGAAAAGGCAUGUGGCAAAGGCUGGCAGGAGGCAGAAGUUGCGGAGAAAAUGAGUUUCACUUCCGCUGCCCUGUCCGACGCUCUCGAAGAUGCUGGCCUGUGGCGACAGAGCCUGCGAUUUUUGGACUACCUGGGUGCCCAGCGCUUCUCGCCCACGUCGUUUUUGUACAUGAGCUCUGUUAGAGCGUGCUUGGCGAUGUCGGGCAGGCAGCAGUCACUAGAGUUGUGUCGCCAAAUGCGCUGGGCACGCGUACACCUCGGCGCGGAAGAGUACCAAGGGUCCAUUGACCGAUUUCUGAAACAAAAAGAGACGAGUGCGUUUCACAGCCAAGAUCAGCCAAGCCAACGUUGCUUCUUCCAAUACAAGGAGUUUCGACUCUUGUCACCGCUGGCUGGAGUGGUAACUCAGGCCUUUCGGAAAGUGAGUCUCGCCGUGCACCCAGACAAGAAGAGACGGAAUGCAUCCUUGUUUGCGAAGCUUGUCGCUGCCAAAGAGUUGGUUUUGCUCAAGAUGGAAGAAGCACUUCGGCGUGGCGAAGACGAGCUCUCCAAAGCUGCUGGCCGCCUCAAGUGGCUGAAGUGUCAGUGCAACAGUUGCGCACCCCUCAUCGUGAAGUCUGGCCGAUUCGGCCCGGCAGCUCGUGCCUUCAUUUUGCAGAAGAUCGCACGUGAUGGAGCUACUGAAACGGACGGCAUCGUCGCCUGGAAGAGGGAGAAAGAGAAGGAGAGGCUUGCCCACCGCGAGCUUUCCAAGCUUCAAACCAUGGACAGGAGGCACCAGCUGAAGCAGGCUGAGUUGGUGAUGCGCUUGGCUCCUGGCCGCGAUGAGGCAGAGCUGAAGCCGCUGGAGCCAUCCAAGGUGCGGUCGGUGCCGGCAGCAUUGCGUGGCAUGGUGCUUUCUUGUUUGCCUUUGCCGGCCCACGCUGGUCGCAGAAAAGCGCUGGUCAUUGGCUGCAGCUAUUUCGAGUCGAACACGCCCCUCAAGGGAGCCAUCAACGAUGCAUGGAAUGUUCUGAGUCUCCUUAGACACACACUGCAGAUCUCGGAGAGUCAGGUGCGCUUCAUCGUUGAUGGCACUCGCAGUUGUCCAAUGCCUCCACAGCGGCGGCCGACUGCUGCCACGAUCGCAGAAGGCCUGCAGUGGCUCGCAGCCGACACUCUGCCCGGCGAUGAGGUUUUCCUCUACUUUGCAGGCUAUGGGGCACUGCUGCCGCACGGUGUGGGGAGCUUCGAAGCGUGUCUCGUUCCCAUUGACUACGCUGCCCUGAAGAAUGGAAGUGGCGACAGCACCGGUGGCUACAGGUUAGUGCCGCUGACGGAAGUCUCACAAGCUCUGUCUAAGCUCCCGGCCGGAUGUAAGGCAACCGUUGUCCUUGACUGCUGCCACUCCUCGCUGCCGGGCGUAGGAUCGAAACCUCAGCCGGCAAUGUUCCAGUGGGCGCAGAUGCAACCGGCAGCCUUUGCUGGCAUGGACCAGAUGGCCGACGUGCGGGCACGGCGCCUGGUCCUGCCGAGCAUUCCGCUCAGGGCCCCUCAAUCCAUCGAGGUGCCUGCGAUCGAGUGCUCACUGACCUGCUACUCCGCCUGCCACCAGGCUCAGUGGUGUGGGGAGCUGCCGAUCGAGGGCGUCGUUCAAGGGGCCUUCACCUGGGCCUGGGUCAAGGCCAUGGUGGCGGGGAACUGCGAAGGCUCCGUAAGCCAAGUCAAGGCAUCGCUCCAGGCGAGCAUUGGUGAUUUGCAGCGCCGUUGCAGAUGGCUGGAUCAGACACCUCUUGUCCAGAUGUCCAAGGCCAUGGAGCAGCAGGUGGAUCAAGGCGUGGAUGGGCAGAAGCUCACACUCUGCCGCAGCCUUAGCCUAGUAGUCGUAGUUAGCAACCAGGCUGUGGAGUCUUGA